AUGCUCUCCGCAUUAAAAGACGCUCCUCCUGGUCAUCUCGCCCUUGGGGCCGUUGCUUGCUUCAUCCUCUACCAGGUAUAUAUAUAUCUAACAGUGGGAGCCUCACGUCGAAAGUUUGCCGCAGACCAUGGCUGCCAGCCGGCUCCAGCAUAUCCCCAUAGGGAACCGAUUUUUGGAAUAGAUUUGGCUUUGAAAUUGGCGCGUUAUGGCAAGUCCAAAACAUUCCUCGAGCAGGCUCGAAAUCGAUUCCUCGCCUACGGAAACACCUACUCUUUGAAAGUCAUGGGCAAGAAUGCCAUCACCACAUGCGAACCGGAGAAUAUCAAAGCUACCCUGGCCACCAAAUUCCAAGAUUUCAAUCUUUCCAAUGUCAGGAAAGCUGCCUUUCAGCCAUUGUUUGGCAAGGGAGUGUUUACCAAUGACGGCCCUGAGUGGGAACAUUCCCGGACAAUGCUACGACCCAAUUUCGUACGGUCCCAGGUCGCGGAUCUGGAUAUGAUUGAGAAGCAUGUCCAAAACCUGAUCAAGGAGGUGCCAACGGAUGGGUCCACGAUCGAUCUUCAAGACCUUUUCUUCGAUCUCACUCUUGAUACAGCCACAGAAUUUCUUUUUGGCGAGUCAGCACAUUCUCUUGGAAGCAAAUCUACCGAAGAGAAUGAACGGUUCAGUGAUCUCUUCACUUAUUGUACAACUAUGAUCGGUGAUUGGUCACGCAUCGGGAUUUUUUUCGGGAUCCCAGACCAGCGUUACCACCGUUUUGCUGCUGGAAUCCAUAAAUUUGCCGACCGUUACGUGGAAAAGGCUCUUGCGCAUCACCGUGCCCAGAAAUCAGGAAUGAUCACCUGUGAGAAUAGCCCAAAUCGGUAUAUCUUCUUGGAUGAGUUGGUCAAAAAAACCAACGACCCUAUUGAGCUCCGCUCUGAAGCUCUUAAUAUUCUGCUCGCAGGCCGUGACACCACCGCAAGUCUCCUAGCUUGUCUUUGGAAUGUGCUCUCAAAACGGCCCGAUGUGUGGUCCAAGCUCCGCGCGGAGGUUGAUAGUUUGGGUGGAAAAAAGCCGUCGUUUGAGGAAUUAAAGGAUAUGAAAUAUCUCCGCUAUUGCAUAAAUGAAGCCUUACGGCUAUAUCCAGUGGUUCCUAGCAAUGGUCGGGUUGCUAUACGAGAUACUUUCCUCCCCGUGGGGGGCGGCAAAGAUCGCAAAUCCCCAAUCUUCCUGAAGAAAGGCACGCUCGUAUCAUAUAGUGUUUUUUCCAUGCACCGACGAGAGGAUAUAUAUGGACCUGAUGCUGCAGAAUAUAAGCCAGAGAGAUGGGAGAAAUUGCGACCGGGAUGGGAGUUUCUUCCAUUCAAUGGCGGGCCAAGAAUCUGUCUUGGACAACAACUCGCCCUUACUGAAGCGUCGUACACUACCGUCCGGUUGAUGCAGCACUUCCGUGAUGUCGAAUCGCGCGACUCUCAUCCAUGGACAGAGCUACUUACAGUCACAUGUGCGAGCAAUUAUGGUGCGAAGGUAGCCUUGAAACCGUGA